CAAAUUUAUCCAACGUUUUGAACCUUCGCGUUUCUGUACCACGUGCGCAGUUGGUGAAAGAAAAUAAAACAUCAAUAAUUCAGUUAAGCCUUCCGGUUAAUUAUUUAUAUCAAAACUAUUCCACACAAGGAUAAGUUGCAUAAAUAUCAAUAUCUUUUCAUGCAAGAUCCUAAAAAGUAUCUUAGAUGGGAAAAAAAAUUGAACAUAACCUAUAAAAUUUGUUAUUGAAACAGUGGAGGACUCGUAAAACUUCGGUAAAUAAGAGAAUAAACAAUUUAGUUUUCAAUCGUUAACAUCAUGGACGAAAUGUUGAAAGACAAGCGUUUCGCGCAUAUCGCCAAGGACCCUAAAUUCCGAAGGAUCCCAAAAAGCGAGCGCAAGGUAAAAAUAGACAAGAGAUUUCGUUCCAUGUUCGAGGAUAAAAAGUUUACAGUCAAAUAUACGAUAGAUAAAAGAGGAAGACCGAUAAAUCAGACGUCGACGGAAAACCUUAGAAAAUAUUACGAUCUCUCGAGCAGCGAGGACGAAAAAGAAGAGGAAAAAACGAAAGAAUUUGUAAAAUCAAAGAAGAAAGUUAAAGAUAGCAAAAAAAUUAUAAAUAAAUCUUCAAAUUCUAAAAAAGUUCCUGUAGAAGAGAAUAUUUCUAACGAGAACUCAGGAGCUUCAAAUUCUGAUGUCACAAAAGAUUCCGAUGUUGAUAACAAUGAGUUGGAGGAAAAUGAACAACAACUUUUUGUAAGAGAAAAAAAUGAGAGAAACAGAAUUGAUAAAAGUGUUAAACAAAAACUGAGAGAUUUGACCAUCGAUUAUGCGCGUGGUGAAGGAGUAUUACUCACAGACAGUUCGUCUGAAGAAGAAAGUUCACAAGAUGAGGAUGAGGAAGAAACAGAAAUUGAGCAUGACUGGGGUGAACUGGACAAAGAGGCAGAAACGACAGACGAGAUAACUCAUCGUUUAGCUGCCUGCAACAUGGACUGGGAUAGAAUGCGAGCUGUCGAUCUCAUGGUCCUCUUUAAUUCUUUCUUACCUCCAGGAGGUUUGAUCAAAUCAGUAACGAUUUAUCCUUCUGAUUUUGGACUGCAAAGAAUGAAAGAGGAAGAAGUAAAGGGACCCAUAGAACUGGUAGAUUCUGAUAAAAAAAGAAAAGACUCAGAAUCUGAAGAAGAGUCUGAGAACGAGGAAGGAUCCGAAUAUCACAUGGAAAAAAUGCGACAAUAUCAACUCAACAGAUUGAAAUAUUAUUACGCUGUACUGGAAUGUGAUUCUGUGGAAACGGCAAAUAAAAUUUACACCGAAUGUGAUGGCAUCGAGUACGAAUCAACGUCUACGAAACUCGAUCUUCGUUUUAUUCCUAAUGAUAUGGAAUUCGAACACGAGCCAAGAGAAGUAUGCGACAAAUUACCCGAUCUUUCAAAAUACAAACCCAGGCAAUUUACGACCACAGCUUUGCAACAAGUGAAAGUCGAAUUAACAUGGGAUGAAACUAAUCCGGAGAGACAAGAAAUCGCUGAAAAAAUAAAAACAGGAAAGCUCGACGAAAUAAAUGAGAAUGACAUCCAAGCAUAUUUAGCUAGUGGAACGAGCGACGAAGAAUCAGAGGAUCAAGACGUCAAUAAAGAAAUUGAUUCCGAGAACGACAAUGCAGCGACUAAAAAUCCAAUCGACAAAUACAAGCUUUUAUUAAAAUCGAUCGAGGAUCAGGAGGAGGCGAAGAAAAAGCAGGAAGUGGAGCUCGAAUUCACAUGGGGAUUGGGUGCGAAAGAAAAAACUGAGAAACUGGUGAAGGAAAGAAUGAACAUGGCUGAAACUUUGACACCGUUUGAACAAUAUUUGGAAAAGCGCCGAGAAAAGAAAAGAGCGAAACGAGAGGAACGAAAGAAAUUGCGGGAGCGGAGCGAAGACGAAGAGGAUUCGGAUAGCGACGAUUCCGUGCCUUCUGAUGUUGACAUGAACGACCCUUAUUUCGCGGAAGAAAUGAAAAAUAUGAAAUCAAAGAAGAAGAUGAAAAAGAAAAGUCGACUGAAUGAAAAUAAUUCGUCAGACGAAGAAGAAGAAAUUCGACGAAAAGCUGAACUCGAAUUACUCCUUUUGGAGAAAGGCGAUGAGCAAGGAAAACGACAUUUUAAUAUCAAGAAAAUUGAGGAAGAAGCGACCCUUUCUAAAUCCAAAAGAAAACGCCUUGACAAGAAAAACAAGAAGAAUGACAAAGAUGCUACGAUGGAAGACGACUUUCAAGUUAAUGUUGCUGAUCCAAGAUUCGCCGCUCUCUAUUCGUCCCAUCAUUAUAACAUUGAUCCUGCUGACCCUCAUUAUCGUAAAACCAAAGGAACAGAAGCUCUCAUUUCUGAAAAAUUGAAACGAAGAGCAGAUACGAAUAUCGUGGAGGAGUCACCGAAGACAAAGCAGACAAAAAAAGAUGGAAAAAUGAGUGCCGAUCUCGCUGCCCUUGUCAAAUCAGUCAAGAGAAACACGAAAAAUAUUGCUAUGCCAAUAAAAUGAUGUAAAUUGUAUUUGUGGAUAAAUCUUUUAUUGUUCAAUGUUCGCACUUUAUGUUCUCAAGCAAAA